AGAGAGAGAAGAGAGCCGAUUGUGCGUUCGAUUGUGUUUACGGCCUUGACCGCUUUCGAGCUGUGGUGCGUUGAAAAAAGUAAACACAGUUGUGAGAAGCACGCCUGGUCAUUUCUAUUAGUAAACCGAGUGAAGAAGUGGACAUAUAAUGGAUAAUAUGAAGAGCAAGGAAUUCCCACAAAUAUUUCAUUCUACAAACAUUAGCAUCAAGCCCGAAAUCAACGGACUUGAUAGAUUCCAUUGAAAACCGAUUUUUUAACAUUCGUUUGUUGCCAUCGGUUGAAAUAAUUCUUCGGAAAAACAUUAAAACGGCGACAAUCUUGGAAGGGUACCGAAAAAGUAGAAAACGGAAACUGUUCAAAGGAAACCAAGACACUAUUACGCAUCAUGUAAUAUCAACAAUUCUGAACACGACAACGAAAAGACUCAAGAAUGAAGAUUUCGCAUAUUUGACAGCAGAAAUCGUUAACAUUUUUGCAACAGAAAAUAUUCACAUUUAUUACAUCGGAUCAAUUGAAAAAAAAAAUCGCGUACAAAUAAGUCUAUGCCUGCUCGUGGGAAGCUUGUAAAUAAAUACCGAAAUUUAUUAACGGAAUUGAAAAAAUUACAGUAUGAUUCAUCAGACACUGAUGAGCCAAGUGAUAAAGCCUAGGAUCUCAGAGCUGAUGAGAAGCUCAUCACCGCCAAAAAUUGGCUUAAAGUCAAUAUUUCUCCUUGGAAAAUUGUAUUGCAAAACUGGAAAUUAACUUUUCCACUUCGUCAUCAGGAAGUUUUAACGAAUGAUAUCGCCGAAAUAAAUGCCCUUUUCACUGAUUGGUUGCCUCUCAAACAUCCCCAGGGCUACAAAUUAAUUGCGGAAGAUUUUUUGAGUCUCCAACUUACAAAAGAUGUGAUCGAUCUUCAACGGUGGAAUUUUUUUUUUACCACAAUAUCUGCCGAACAUCAACUGAAGAAAAAAGAUUUGACGGGGUUAGGACUUGAGAAAUUAUUGUCAUUAGACGGUAUCAACGAAGAUUCAAUACUGGCGAUACAAUUGCUAUUGCUUCCUCAUUUAAUUCCACCUAGAACAUUUGUAAAGAGCAGCAAGACGAAAUGCUGGAAACCUAGCAUUGCCAAUGCAAAAGACAGCUUAUUACUUCAUGUUUGUCUUUCAUCGGACGUUUCUAAUGCCCGUAACGACAGAUUAACCAACUGAAGAGCUUAGGUUUGCCAUUUCAGCCGCAGAUCAUUGUUGUUAGGCCUGAGCUUACAAAAAUUGAAGAGUCAUACCUGUGUGUAGAUGACAUGCUAUACAAAGUUAGAUCCACGUUCGAGGCAUUUGACAUCUGUUUUAAAUCCUUUCACGUUUUGAAUAUCCAGUAUCCCCGCGAAAGCGAAUACAUAUGGUUAAUGGUGCAACAGGCAUUAUGGAACUUCGAAACACGAUGGGAUAGAAAAAUAAAUUACGUGGCCAAUAUUAUUCAACAUCUAAAAGAGCAGCAUCAGCGUCAAUUAUCAUAAGAAGAACAAGUUGAAAAAUCGUCCUAGAUAUCACUGCAGGUGCUAUAAGAGUUUUAAUUCGGAAAAUUUAAGUUAUGUUCUUUUUUAUAACUGUUUAUUACUAUAAGUAACAUUUUUUAGAAGAAUAGGUUUUCCAAAUCGCAAAAUCCAAGAUUCAGUCGGUACUCUAUAAGAAGGAGACAUUUUAUUAAAAAAAUAUGCACCAUUAUAUUUAAUUUUCCUGAUCAUAUAUCAUCUUUUCGGGUACUAGCAUAAAACAUGUACCGUUGUCCAUUUUGUGUGUCUACAUUAAUCGACUCGGCAAAUUUUCUGAGACAUGCCAAAUUGAAACAUAAGGCACAGAUCUUCAUCGAAAGUCAUUGUCCUUUUUCAUGUUCGGGUAAAUUUAACAACAUUUAUUCAUAUAAAAAACAUUUAGUAGCGAAACAUAUUCUUACGAGUAUGAUUGGUAAAGUUUGCACAAAAACUGUUAAACAACACCAUAGAAGUCCCAUUCCAGUUAAAACUUUUAACACUUCCCCUUCAAUUAAUCAGCUUAAUUUUUCCGGAAAUCAUUUUCGUUCGUCAAACUCAAAUGAAAAUACCUCCCAUGAAGCUACAACUUCUAUUGACAAUUUGAUCGAAGAUUUUGUCGAAAAUGAUCUACAAGCUUAUGAGAAUACAGUUAUGAGAAGUGCUGCAUACCUCGUUUGCAAAUUGUAUAACAAGAGUACUUUACCCAGAGCUUACAUAGCUGAUAUUAUUAACAUGAUUACUGAAUACUUGAAUUCAACUUGUUUCGACGCGAUGAAGAAAAAAUGUAAAUCCUUGGUGAAUAGCAACAAUAAUACACUAUUCAAAAUGAUAGAGAUAACGCAAAACUCUUUCGAAUACUUCAAGUCUGAACAUUUAACAUUUUCUAUUUUUGAAAAGCUUAAUUGCUUAAUCAGACCUGUUUCGAUUCCCGUUCACGCUGUUUUAAAACCUUGUCGCGAUGAAAACCAAACAAUUGCCCGUUCGACAGAAACUACGAUACAAGUUGUUCCCAUUAAAAAAGUAUUCAAAAAAUUUCUUGAGCUACCGAAUGUCUUCAAUAUGAUUGUUUCUAAUAUAAGAAACGUUAAAAAAAGUUUAUCAAUAAUUUCCAUAAUGCAAGGCACAACGUGGAAAUCUAUCGAGAAAGAAUUUCACAAUCAAUUCGUCUUGCCGCUUCUUUUGUAUCAUGAUGAUUUUGAAAUAAACAAUUCGCUGGGUUCGCACAAAAAUAUUCAUAAACUUGGUGCAGUGUAUUGUACAAUUCCUGGUAUUCCAAACGAAUAUGCCACCUAA